AUGCCUCAAUACAAAGUUAAUGAUCAGGUUCGCUACAAGCCUGUCGGUGGCCCUCAGAGCAACACAUCGGAAACCACCGGCGUCAUAAAGGAAGUGCUCACGGCAUCCGGAAAUUUGACAGGUCGUCAAGUCCACGCAUCUCCUCAAUCUCCACGCUAUGAGAUAAGAAACAGGUCGAAAAUGACCACACCCACAAACGGACCGCGAUCAAGGAAGCCAACAUUAUUGAAUACUGUUCCUGAUCUUGCUCGUCCACGGCCCACGUUCUAUUCCGGAUGGACUUGGGCAACAUGGAUGUCGCCGGCUAGAGGCGAGGAAGAGACGUAUGACCAUGAUGAGAAGGCGAGGUACCUCUGUGUGGAGAGUAAUGAUUUGACCAUGUUGGAGUUGGAGACUUGUCUGUGUGUUGAGAGUGAAUGCGGUGGAGGGCUAGGUGAAGGUGAUCUCUGA